AGGCAGUUGCUCGGAUCACUUCAGUUCUCUGGAGCACGCCUCUGUCCCCCACCGGCAGAACUAGAGGCGCUGUCCCCAGAUGUCUCCUUGCAGACCUGUUUACGCGCUUGUCCCUCUGGACUGAGCCACAAGACGGGGUCACUGAGCGGGGAGCUGUGUCCGGGACUCCCAUCGGCAGCUCAGCCAGAACAGCUCCGGCCGGAGCAGCUCCCUCCUGCACAGCCAGGGGCCGGCGGGGAGGAGCGGCCGCCUCCCCCACCCUGCAGCCAUGUGCCCUCCUCAGCCUGUGGAAUGCAAGCGGCCCAGGGCCGGCCCCCAGAGCGCCUGGCCGGCCACGCAUGGAGCGCGCUGAGCCCGGCCACCCAGACUGUCCUGCCGGGCACAGCCGCCACCCCGAGCCUGCCGGCCCCAGCUCAGCCCAGCCCCGAGAGUCAGAGCGCGAGCGCAGUGCCUGGCCUGGCCCCCGGCGGCCCAUGCGAGGCGACAUGCGGCUCCGGGACCUGUCCCUGCGCCAGGACCCUGACCUGAGGCAGGAGCUGGCCUCCCUGGCCCGCGGCUGUGACUUUGUGCUGCCGUCUCGCUUUAAGAAGAGGCUCAAGGCCUUCCAGCAGGUCCAGGUUCAGACGAAGAAGGAAGAGCCCCUGCCACCCGCCACGAGCCAAAACAUUCCCACGUUCUACUUUCCCAGAGGCCGUCCCAAGGACACGGUGAACAUCGAUGCCGUCAUCACCAAGAUCGAACGGACCUUCGCGCAGUUUCCCCACGAGAGAGCCACAAUGGAGGACAUGGGCCGAGUGGCCAAGGCCUGUGGCUGCCCGCUCUACUGGAAGGGGCCGCUGUUCUGCUGUGCCGGGGGAGAGCGCACGGGCGCCGUCUCUGUCCACAAGUUCGUCGCCAUGUGGAGAAAGGUCCUCCAGAGCUGUCACGACGACGCCGCCAAGUUCGUGCACCUGCUCAUGAGUCCCGGCGCGAACUACCUGGUGCAGGAGGACUUCGUGCCUUUCUUACAGGACGUCGUGAACACGCACCCUGGCUUGGCCUUCCUGAAGGAGGCGUCCGAGUUCCACUCUCGCUACAUCACCACCGUGACACAGAGGAUCUUCUACUCCGUCAACAGGUCCUGGUCGGGGAGGAUCACGUGCGCCGAGCUCCGCAGGAGCACCUUCCUGCAGAAUGUGGCGCUCUUGGAAGAGGAAGCGGACAUCAACCAGCUCACAGAGUACUUCUCCUACGAGCACUUCUAUGUCAUUUACUGCAAGUUCUGGGAGCUGGACACGGACCACGACCUUCUCAUCGAUUCCCAGGACCUGGCCCGGCACAAUGAUCACGCCAUAUCCAGCAGGAUGAUCGAGAGGAUAUUCUCGGGGGCCGUGACGAGGGGCAGAAAAGUCCAGAAAGAAGGAAAAAUAAGCUACGCUGACUUUGUUUGGUUUUUGAUCUCUGAAGAAGACAAAAAAACUCCAACCAGCAUCGAGUACUGGUUCCGCUGCAUGGACCUGGAUGGGGACGGCGCGCUGUCCAUGUUUGAGCUGGAGUACUUCUAUGAGGAGCAGUGCCGCAGGCUGGACAGCAUGGCCAUCGAGGCCCUGCCCUUCGAGGACUGCCUCUGCCAGAUGCUGGACCUGGUGAAGCCGCAGAGCGAAGGGAAGAUCACCCUCCGCGACCUGAAGAGGUGUAAACUCGCCAACGUGUUCUUUGACACCUUCUUCAACAUCGAGAAGUACCUCGACCACGAGCAGAAGGAACAGGUCUCCCUGCUCAGGGAGAGCGACAGCGAAGGCCCUGAGCUGUCCGACUGGGAGAAGUACGCGGCCGAGGAGUACGACAUCCUGGUGGCCGAGGAGGCUGCAGGGGAGCCAUGGGAGGACGGGUACGAAGCUGAGCCCAGCCCCGUGGACCAGAAGCUGGGCUCCCUGAGGUCUCCGCUGGCCCAGAGACCCUUCUUCGAGGCACCGUCCACCCUGGGCACGGUCGACCUGUACGAGUACGCGUGUGAGGACGACGACCUGCCGCCCUCCUGACCUGGGCCCAGAUGUGGACGCAGAGCCGCCAUCGUGUAAAGAACAGAACCGUUUGAUCGUUGAGCUUUUAUAGAAAAUGGAGUGAUUUGUAUGGGAUGAAGAGCUUUUAUUUAUCCAACACGGAGCCGGUCCGGUGGUCACUGAGCGCGUUUCCCUGCAUGCCGGGCAGAAGCUGCCGUCCGUCCGGAAGCCCCUGGCUGGGCCCGGCGGGGAGAGACGUGCCGAGUAGGUCCCGAGUGCCGGUGUCUGGAGACUCACCGGCUCGGCCGACCGUCUCCUCGGAGGGGAGCUGCUGCUGCAGAGGGACAGCCCCGGGGGCGUGAGCCGUGCACCGACCCGUGCACCGGGUGUCGGACGGUCCUGCGCCGUUCUCACGCGUUGGUCAGGAACAUUCCAGGGGCCCCGGGACCUUCCGUUCGUCCACAGGCGUGUCUCCGGGCGCCGCCCCACCGCAGCCCUGCACACGGGGUACGGGACGCAGCACGUCUCGUCGUACUUACAUUUUCAUGUCAAUGUACAAAACGUGUAAAGUUAACUUUUAUUUGGUGUGUGUAGCAGUUUAAAAACGUUUUACGAGCUCACGUCUGUAUUUUCGAAUAAAGAAUUUAAGGAUUUUC